CGGACAAUCAAGCUCCAAAUUAGGUACAGAUACUAGCAAGAUCUGGAAUUCUACCACCCGUCGCGUCCAAAAUCUCGAUACCUAUCCGCACUUUAACCAGAACGACAUCACUCCGUAGACGACAAACCGACGACCAGUACCUGCAGGCCCUCAAUCGUCGUGGGCUUCACACUAGCUCAUGCAGUCCAUACCAAUUCCCACCACGCCAUAGCGUUCCGUUCGCCAUCAUGGCCGAGGUCACCACCUUGGAUGCACUACAAUCUUUCCAUCGCGACCUUGUCGCGAUCCGUGAGGGCCGUCCAGAGAAUGUGGAAUCCUUCGACAAUCCUUUGGUGCAAAGGGUUUUCAAGCGCGAGCUAGACCGGCUAUGGCAACGUCCGGCCAGGGAGGAAAAAAGUCGCCAGCACCUCAAGUCAGGCAAGAUUACGGUUGACGGGGACGAGUACUCGGUCAACGACGAGUUUCAGCAGAUUGCUCUCAAUCUGGCGGACGAGACGGAAAUAAACGAGAUCGAGGCUUCCCGAUAUGUUCUGGAGUCUGAGGAGGACACCGCGAUCCUUGGCCGGCCCCUACUCGAAUGCGCCAUCAUCCGAUUUCACCAGCAGCGGAAAUAUGUUCUCGACAGCUUGCGGUUGCUUUUCGAGAUUGAUGGCUUCGAUGCGGAAGAGGCGGACGAAAAUGUCGUCAACGUUAUCCAGGCUUAUAUCGCUGAGAACGUCAUGAAACGGUCAGGCCAAAACACACUCAUCUCCAGAUGCAUGUCCGCCAUGCAGGACGUGCGAUCCUGGCUAGCUAGGAUAGGCGACAAGAUGACCGCCGCUGCUGUGUUGAUGAGCGGAUCAGGAGGGAAUAUGCCUGACGGCCUAGAGACGCUCGAGUUCUCCAGAGUGAGCCUCAUUCAGCAGCACGAACUCCUUUCCAUCGUCUUGAGCAAUGCCAUUGAACAGAAGGACGGCCACGCAUCGGAUUUCCAGAAUCUCCUCCAACUUCUCAGGAGGACGGAGAAAUAUGACAUCCUGCUCGCUCACUUGUACCCGGUGCUUGGCAGUUAUAUCGCCACAUUCGGCUCGACUGAAGGCGCUGGAGACCUGGCUGUUGCCCGAGAGCUCGAUGAUUUUAUCUGUCGCCCAAAGGACGACACUCCCUGGCCGCUGACCAACCUCCAAGCCGCCGUGAGGACAUGGUGGCUUGCCGAGUAUAGCGGUUGGUAUCUUGACGAUGCGCUCCUUGGUAGCCUUCAGGGGGUGGAUCUCGAUGCAGAGGAUCGGCAGCGGUCAAAGACAUUCUUUGAUGCUUUGAAAGAUGGGGCAUUCGACUUCAUGCUCUCGAUCGUGGCCGAUGUGAACAUUUCUGAACGUCAGGAUCCUUCGAGAGCAGCUCUCUUCAGAUGGCUUGUCCGAAAGACGCCACCUCUAGCUCAGGAAUCGGCGCCCUUCUCCGACUCGUUCAAGCGAUGUUUGGCAAUCCGGAUGGAAGUGUUUGUCGAUGCCUUCAUAUCCAACCUCCCCGAUGUUCUGCGGAGGCUCCGUAUCGAGGAGGAUGAGCAGCGGCAGCUGAGCCAGGCUUACGAACAAGAUGCGGAUCUCGAGCGUUUCUUGCUUAUUAUUGCUUUCGCUUAUGAGGACCGUCCGGAUGCCGCGACAAAUUUCUGGUCUGAUCCGGAUAGCAAUCUGGCGGGCUUCAUGCAUUGGGCUUCCCGACGAGCUUCCACGCCCCUGGUUACCGCGUUUUGCAACAUGCUACAGUCCAUCUCCGGGAACGACACCUGUGCCACAGCUGCGCAUGACUUUUUGCUUGAUGAAGGCCAUCAUGCGUCUGGGAAGAUGAGGAGAUCACUCUCUCUGACCUGGCACCAAAUAUUCAAGGAGCUCAGCUUUUUCGCGAAUAAGACUCGCGACAUGCCUCCAGCAGCCCAGACAACUUUGUAUCGGUCAGGAAGGCCAAUUGCCGACCAGGCCGAAGCUGAACCAGAGUCCGAGAUGAUGCUGCAAGCCUAUCUCGGCCUCAUCGCAAAGCUCUCGUCGCAGAGCGAGACGGCCAGGCAGCUGCUACUCAAGGAGCCUAACUAUAACCUUGUGGAGGUGUGCUUUCAACUGGCUAGCAGUCCGAUACUGCCUCAUAUACGUGGCAGCGUGUUCACGACUCUGCGAGGCCUGUUGACUCACAAGUCGCAAGAGGAAGGCCAGAUUAUGUGGACUUGCCUCGAAAACUGGAUGAGCGGUGGAUACGUUGUCUUCCCAGCCGGCCACCACCGGCCACCCCUGAACGCCCCCGAAGACAUUCAGCAAAAGAUUGGGGACGAACUCUGCUCAACGCCAGAAGAGGGCAUCGCCUUCAUUCAAUUCCUGAUGGCGCUGGUGACACCAUCAGAAGAAAGCAGCCACCUGAACGAUUCGUUGCCGUUCCCCGAGACCCUGGGCAGUGCCUUCAGGAUGCCAGGUAUCGAGCUGUACGUCGACUUGGUGCUGGGCACCUUGUCUUCUGCCAAAGUCAACGAGGCCACCGAUGUCCACCAAGCGCGAUUGCUCCGACUCAGCUGCCUCGAGUUCGCCUUGGUUUGCCUCACGACCUUCAACGAAGACCUGAUCAUCCUGGCCAACGAGACGAACAUUCAGCUGGAUGCAGCCAUUGGGGCGACGGAUCUUGCGACCUACGUGCGGCUCCACCCUUUCGCCCGGGUCAUGGAGUGGAUGUUCAACGACAAGACGAUUGCUGCUCUUUUCAAAAUCAUACAUGUCGAGCCAACGGAAGUUGGCAGUGCUCCUCCCGAUUCGCCCGUCAUCCUCGGCAUUUUGCGUGCUGUGGAAGUCGUCCUCAAAGUGCUGGACCUUCAGCCGACCUACCUUGAUCUUGUGCGGCCCCUCGUCAAACUCCAGUCGAGCCAUCGUCGGCCGCCAGUAGCUAACGCUGCCUACGCGUCAUUCGAGGAUGGUCUCGCCGGUCAUCUGAGCCUGGUGGUUGAUAUUGGUAAUUACUGCGGUAUAGGUCACCCCGACCUCGCUCUGGCCUGUCUUAAAUUACUGGAGAGGAUGUCGAGCGCCCCGAAAAUCACCUCUGCGUGGACUCUCACCUCGGGCCGACAGACGCAACGGAACAGAGCCAUCAUUGCCAUGGAGGCGAACGGGGACGACGAGGCGAUAGCGCGUUCGCUCACCUCGGAACUUACAGCGCCUUUCGAUUUCGGCCGCGAAGCGGACUCUCCGAACUACAUGAUCAAGGUCUACAUCCUAGACUUCUUGUUCAGUUGCCUGGCGGCGAUGCCGAACCGGCCCACCAUCGCGCAUCUCCUUUUGGGAUUUCAGUGCGGCGUGGAGAAUCUGAACGUCGACCCCAACGGAGCGUUCGCUAACAGGACAUCCCUGUUCCACAGCCUCUUACGACUAUUGCUGGAGACGCCCGCCGGAGACGCUCAGGGAAUGCGGCAAUGGCUUAUCACACUCAAGUUCAAGUCUAUGCGCAUCUUGCGAGUACUCUGGAGCUCUCCCUUGACGGCGCCAUUUGCCAUCGACGAGUUGCGGGAUAACGAGGUGCUAUUUCACCUGUUGCUACGCGACGUUGUCAUCCAGCCGGCGCUCCCCUGGGAGGGGGAGGACAUCAACCAGCCGCAGUUCCCUCUGACUGGGGGCGCCGCGACACUUAUUGACUUCCUCGCCCUUCGGGGCAUGGCCCUGGAGUACAUCGCCAUGGAGCUCUGCAGCAUAUCACAAAGCCGACUCCCCUCGGUCAAACGCCGCAUCUUCGAAGCCCUCAAUGGCCGCCUCGUAGGCGACAACAACGAGCCGAUCGUGAUACCGACUGUCUUCGACCUUUAUGACUUUCUGCUUCCUGAUGGUUUGUGGGAGAAUCCGGAGCCGCGGUUACAAUUUUACACAGGGCUCGACUUGAGCAUCUGCAUUGAGAUGGACGUUGAUGGCGUUCAAAUCUUCAACGUAGAGCGUGCUAAGGAAAUCCUUCUGCUCAAGCGCAGCGAAAAACGGCACGACGGUGUUGUCCUCACGGCACAGGAUUUCUCCGCCAUUGAGCAAGAAGAGGCUAUGAUCCUCGAGCACCUCAUUUCAAGCAAUCGCCAAAACCAGAUAGCGUCCCGCAGCCUUCGGGUCCUCAAAGCAUGGACCAGCCUGCUGCUAGUCAUGGUGGAAUCGAACGACUUCAAGGGCACCACCCGGACAUCUUUCCUGCUGCAGACCUUGCAGGCAAUUUUACCCGCACUGGAACUCUAUGCUUGCGACAGGCCUGCAGAAGCCGCGGAACUGGCCGGUCUCGGCAGGGUUCUUCUUUUCAAACUCGAUCUCGCCUCCAAACCAUCUUCUUCUCUGGACAAAGAGAGCCAGAGCAUUGGUAGUCUUGUUAGCGAGAAGCUCUAUCAGCUCUUCCAGAUAUCCCUCCAGGCGAUCGGUAAGGGGACGGCGACACGGCCAGAAUCGCGCGCAAUCUACUACGCCAUCUGCUACCGCUACCUGACGGGCAUGGUUGACGACGGGCCGCUGAUGUCUGCCCGGCCGAAAACGCUGAGCGCAAUACAGACAUACGGGGAACGUCUCAUCGAUGCCAUCUGCGAGGACGCACUGCGCGGAGAGGUAGAGAGUCGAACGGCGGCUCUGAUCCUCUUCAAUGCCCUCAUCACCUUCAGCCGGCAGGAGAAGAGUCCACGCUUGUUGGAGAUGAUUUCGGAGGGCAAUUUCGUGGGUGUUCUGGUCGAUUCGCUCCGCGACAUUCUUCGCGAGUGGUCCGAGAUUAUUCAGUCGGGCGACGAGGCCGGGGAGACUUUGAUGGCCGCCAAGCUCGCUCUGCUUCUGCAGCUCGCGCAAACUCGUACCGGCGCCACGGCCAUCCUGCAUGCGAACCUCCUACGCCACGUCGAGAUGUCGGGUCUUUUCUCGGCCGAUCCCGAACUGCAGGCCGAUCCCGCCAAGCCUCACGCUCUCGCGAAACACUACGAGCUCUUGGCCAAGAUGGCCCACAUCAUUGCUGCCGCCAUCGUCUGUCGCGGGGCCAGCUACACCGGCCAAGGGCAGAAGUUCUUGACCGAUCACCGCAUGCUAGUGGCGCAUACGCUGAAGAGGAGCGCUGGUAUCGGGGCGGUAGAAGCAGGCGGCGGCGGCGGCGGCAACAGUCAUCGCGCCGGCGCCCAAAGUGGCGCAUUGGAGCAUUGGGUGGAGGAAUUAGCGGAGGGAUUUAUGCUGCUCAUCACCGCAACUGGUUUCUUGGAGGUGAGUGUUUCGUUCGGACCCGAGAUACAAAAGAGCCCAUGACGAUUGCUAACACUGGAUGCACAGCACGAAAACGCCCUCAUUCCAAACACGACUCAGAACGGUAGAACGACGGUGUUCCACUAAGUCAAACAAGCAAG